AUGGAUCCGUUAUCUUUUUUUGAUGAUCGGGUAGAUGCGAUGUCGGCCAAGGUCGCGAUGUUGGCGCUCAUGAGUCUGAGCAGCGCGAUGCAGGGGAGCGCCAUGAGCUUCCUCGUGCACUCCAACGCCUCCUUCAACAACUCAGAGUACGUCGAGACAGCUCUCCACUGCUCCCGCUCUGUCCAUGUCACGUUCUCAACCAGCGACCCUCUCGUAGCUCCGCAAGUCUACAUGUGCGAGAAGGAUCACACGGGCGCAUGCAGGUACCGCAGGGGGGUCUGGCUGACCCCUCAGAUCCGGUCAUGCUGUGAGAUGCCGCACUACGAUAGACCCAAAGAAUGUCUCUCUGCUGGCGCGGACGAUGACCCUAUGAGCGUGUUCCACUGCGCGCAAUUGAGCGUGAAACAGGAUGCAGAGGCAGGAACGGCGACUGCGAAUCUUUCUCUCUUCACUCCGUCAUGGUUUUGGCUGAAUAAUGGAGCCGAGAAUGAUAUUGAGAUAUGUCUCGUGGCGUAUCAUAACGAGGAGUCGUCGGAACCGUACUGCAUCUUGUUCAGUGUGCAGCUCUGCAGCACGUGCGUCCAGGUAGGAGACACUCUGUCCUCCCUAGCAAGCAAGCAUGGCACUCACUGGACGCAAUUGUUCAGUGUGAACCCUGAAAUCGCGCUGAACCCGGACGUCCUUCAUGAGGGGCAGGCAACGAUGAAGAAGGAAGCAAGAUUCAAAAUGAUCAUGCACUGGAAUCCUCACCUGAUCAGCCUUCCAGACACACCAGAUGAAUUCAGCACAUCAUCUAAAGUGUUGCUGGCUGGAGGGUACUUAUGUUUGCUGCCUCGGACAUGCAUCGAUUCAUGGACAUUCAGUCAGCCACUGAAUGCUCUAUCGGAUGAAUAUCCCCCGGGGAUGGGAGGGGCCGUGGCUGACAUUCCCGUGGAGACAAGAACGCCUGCAUCUUACGACAACAUCAACUAUGGUCCUGGAGGAGGAUACUAUACAUGA